GCCAGCCAGCCUGCGGAGACUCCCGGUGCCCGCGGCGGACUGGGGCUGGGGGCGGACAGCCCGCGCGGACCGGCCGGGCGCCAGGGCGGUCCCGGGAUCGCGAUGAGGGCGCCGCGGCGCGCGUGAGGGGGAUGCGGCAAGAGGCGGCGCGUCGGGAGGAGGAGUAGGCGGUGGUGCCCUCGGGAGGGAGCUGCGCGCGGGCCAGACGGCUCCCGGAGGCUCCGCAGUGCCGCCGCCGUCGCCCGGGAGGCUCCGCGCGGGAGCCAUGUAACCCUGCGGCGGGCUCCGGGCUGCUCCGUCCUUCCCCAGCUCCCGGGCUAGCGCGGCAGCGGGGCCACGAUGAAGAAGCAGUUCAAUCGCAUGCGCCAGCUGGCCAACCAGACGGUGGGCAGGGCUGAAAAGACUGAAGUUCUGAGUGAAGACCUUCUUCAGGUGGAGAAGCGUCUCGAGCUGGUGAAGCAGGUGUCCCACAGCACGCACAAGAAGCUGACCGUGUGUCUGCAGGGGCAGCAAGGGGCAGAAGCCGACAAGCGCUCCAAAAAGUUGCCUCUGACCACACUGGCUCAGUGUCUGAUGGAGGGGUCAGCUAUCUUGGGAGAUGACACCCUUCUUGGGAAGAUGCUGAAACUCUGCGGAGAGACAGAGGACAAGCUGGCCCAGGAGCUGAUACAUUUUGAAUUGCAAGUAGAGAGGGAUGUGAUUGAGCCCCUGUUUCUGCUGGCAGAGGUGGAAAUCCCCAACAUUCAAAAGCAGAGGAAACACUUAGCCAAGUUGGUGCUGGACAUGGACUCUUCCCGAACCAGGUGGCAGCAGACUUCCAAGUCUUCAGGUUUGUCAAGCAGCUUACAGCCUGCGGGUGCCAAAGCUGAUGCCCUCAGGGAAGAAAUGGAGGAGGCUGCCAACAGAGUGGAGAUUUGCAGGGACCAGCUGUCUGCUGACAUGUACAGUUUUGUGGCCAAAGAAAUUGACUAUGCAAACUACUUUCAAACGCUGAUCGAAGUGCAAGCUGAGUACCACAGGAAGUCACUGACCCUCCUGCAGGCUGUGCUGCCUCAGAUCAAAGCACAACAGGAGGCCUGGGUGGAGAAACCCUCCUUCGGGAAGCCCCUGGAGGAGCACCUCACCAUCAGCGGCCGGGAGAUCGCCUUCCCCAUCGAGGCGUGUGUGACGAUGCUCCUCGAGUGUGGGAUGCAGGAGGAGGGACUCUUCCGAGUAGCCCCCUCUGCCUCCAAGCUGAAGAAGCUGAAAGCUGCCCUGGACUGCUGCGUGGUGGACGUGCAGGAGUACUCGGCAGACCCCCAUGCGAUCGCAGGAGCUUUGAAAUCUUACCUCCGAGAGUUGCCAGAACCUCUUAUGACCUUUGAACUCUAUGACGAGUGGAUCCAGGCCUCCAAUAUCCAGGAGCAAGAUAAAAAGCUUCAGGCUCUCUGGAACGCUUGUGAAAAAUUGCCGAAGGCCAAUCAUAACAACAUCCGAUACUUGAUCAAAUUUUUAUCCAAGCUGUCAGAAUAUCAAGAUGUAAACAAGAUGACCCCUAGUAAUAUGGCAAUUGUUUUAGGACCCAACCUCCUGUGGCCACAGGCAGAAGGGAACAUCACGGAGAUGAUGACCACAGUGUCCCUGCAGAUCGUCGGGAUCGUGGAGCCCAUCAUCCAGCACGCAGACUGGUUCUUCCCUGGGGAGAUAGAGUUCAACAUUACAGGCAAUUAUGGGAGUCCAGUACACGUGAACCAUAAUGCCAACUACAGCUCAAUGCCCUCCCCAGACAUGGACCCUGCUGACCGGCGCCAGCCCGAGCAGGCCCGCCGGCCCCUCAGCGUCGCCACAGAUAACAUGAUGCUGGAGUUUUACAAAAAGGAUGGCCUUAGGAAAAUCCAAAGCAUGGGUGUGAGGGUCAUGGACACCUCUUGGGUGGCUCGAAGAGGCUCCUCUGCUGGUCGGAAAGCGACAUGCGCCCCGCCCUCCAUGCAGCCGCCCGCCCCGCCCACAGAGCUCAACGCGCCACCGCCGUCGCUGCCGUCGCCGCUGCCGGAGCAGCCCCUGGACAGCCCCGCGCCACCGCCCGCGCUCUCUCCUUCCGGCGGGGGCCUGCAGGCGGGGCCCGAGCGCGCCAGCACAUCUAAAAGCAAGGAACUUUCUCCAGGCUCUGGGCAGAAAGGAAGUCCAGGUUCCAUCCAGGGGACAGUCUGUGCAGGGACGCAGCCAGGGGCACAGCCCAGUGCCAGCCCCAGCCAGCUACCUGCAGACCAGAGUCCUCACACACUUCGGAAAGUAUCAAAGAAGCUGGCACCAAUUCCACCUAAGGCCCCCUUUGGCCAGCCGGGGGCUGUGGCUGACCAGUGCACGGGCCAGCCGUCCCCAGUCAGCCUGUCUCCCACCCCCCCAAGCACCCCAUCACCCUACGGACUGAGCUACCCCCAGGGGUACUCCUUGGCCUCAGGCCAGCUCUCCCCAGCUGCAGCCCCUCCCCUGGCCUCUCCUUCUGUCUUUACAAGCACUUUGACCAAAUCACGGCCCACUCCCAAGCCCCGACAGAGACCCACCCUGCCGCCUCCUCAGCCUCCCACGGUCAGCCUGUCAGCCUCUAGUCCCCAGUCUGUGGAGCCCCCCACGCUGGAUGGCAUGUCCCCCGGGGAGAGCAUGUCUACAGAUCUCGUCCACUUCGACAUCCCUUCAAUCCACAUAGAGCUGGGGUCGACACUCCGCCUGAGUCCCCGGGAGCGUGCACCACGACACUCAGUGACUGACAAGAGGGAUGAGGAGGAAGAAUCCGAGAGCACUGCCCUCUGACGUGCACCCGCCCAUCCAGCACCCUGUACAUAUACACGUGGGCCCGACACGCCAGGAGCAGUGUCCCCAGCUUGCCAAGUGUUCUCCAUUGGCUCUUUCCUGUCACUACCAACGCGGUGUUGGAGUUUGGCAGGAAAUUAUGAUCUCCGGUCUGUGGCGAUGCUGGUGGUGCAGAUUUUGUCUUUUCCUUUCGGGUGGUGACUUCGGCCUUUUGUUUGCCUUUUGACUUUGUGCCUAUUUUGAUCCACUUUCAGCUCCCACGCCAAGCAGCAUCUAUCUGCCUCUCCACCCAAAGGCUCGUCACUGUUGUCUGGAGGGUGGGGUGGUGCAAGAGAGGGAUGAGUUGCCUGGUUAGAUCAGAGGGCUGCUACGAUGUUCCUCCUACAGCUAACGUCAGGUCCUGCAGAUGUCUGCGUGUGGCUACAGGAAGGGAAGAGGACAGCAGGGACCUCUCUCCCUGACAGCUGGACUAGGCCUGGGGUUCUGGCAGUCCUAGGGCAACUGACCUUGACCAGCCCCCUUAAGAGGACGACUUACCACUGUAAAAACGUUCUAGGCACCCCCCUCUUCGGUGGGCUCCAAAGUAAAUGGCUUAAAAGUUUGUUUCACUUCCUAAACAGUUCUCUUUCCCCACCAUGUGGCUGAAAGCUGCCAUUACUCCCUGUCACUUUAUACUUUCCAGGGUAGGACAUGACCAUGCUGUUAUCUUGAAGGCAGCCCCCAUGCCUCCCAAAAUAUUAGCUGAGAGCAGUCCACCCCUCGGGGCACCUAGAGGCACCCAGCUCGUGAGUAUAUGAUAUCCUGGAGCCCUCUUUUCAUUCCGAAGGUUACAACUGAAUAGCAAUAAUUCUGUUACCCAAAGCAUGUAGGGGAACAUGAGACCAGCCACGGAGACGCAGGCCCCCGCGUGUGGCCUGCUUUGUCACUGGCCUCUGCCACCCAUCCCUCUCAUGAGUCCUACCCACCCCCAGACAAAGGCCAGGAUGGCACUGGGGAAUAAGGAAGUGAGACAAGAUUUGGGCCAUGCAUGCAAAGUCAAAGUUCAAAAUUUUAUCCUUUUAAAAUAGAUAUAAUAUACCUAUACAUGAUAUAAUAUUUGUAUAUAUGAAAUCUAUAUUUGUUUAAUUUGAGCCAUUCAGUCUAAACCAAUGUACAGGUGUACAAUGAAAAAUUUAAAUGCUUAGUUUUUUCCCAACAGUGUAAAGCCACCCUUCUCUGAGUGAGAUUUGCAGACUUUUGAUGUUACGGCUUUUCGCACUUCCUGGCAAGGGCAGGUCAAUCCUCAAUUUGUAAUGGAGUGGGGGAGGGGGGUUGAAAGUUACCUUUAAAUACAUGUACAAAUUAUUGUCAAAAGUAAUGUUAUUAAAAUAGAUUUAUUAUCCCUGA